AUACGUACUCCGGGAUCCUCCUCGAGGAAAACUCGCGUCUCCUCUUCCUUGAAAGAUUACCUAGAUACCUACCCCCACAAAGGCCUUCCCUUGCAAAGCAGAUGAAGUCAUCCCAGACUGCGACCUCUCCCCCAUCUCAUCUUCUCUUCAGAGCCCGCGGAGGUGGUGGCCCGUUGGAACGAUGCCCAAGUAAAUAAUGGACGCCUUCCUCAUUCGACGGCCACCUCCCGCAUCCCGUCGCCAACAUGUUCAGACGGCAAGCGAGCCUCCCCCCAAGAGGGUCAAGAGGCAAGAAAGCUACUCAGGCGAUGAGGAUACAGACCAGGACACACGGUCCGAUAGCUCAUUAGCGGCAGACCCGUCACUGGGAGCAGCUAGAUACCAUGGUGCCCCAGGUCCUGCGGCCGACGACGGCGACGACUCUGAGCGUUCGGACCCCGAGGCGGAAGAGAUUGCCCCUCGGCGACCGACCGCCAUCGAGAGCUCGCUGCCCGAGGUUAAAUCUGGCAGAGAAGCUCUCCAGGAAUACGAAGCUUUCAAAGCCUCCCAGAAUGACGACGACGACGCCGAUGCAAGCGUCGCAUCCCCAACGUCGAGGCUAAAUUCGAGAAAGUGGGUCAAGGGCAAGACUUCCAUUUACGUCGACGCCUUCAACCUCGCUCUGGAUACAGUGCUAGAUGAGGAGUCCCACCUCUUUAACGCGAGAGAGAUGUACAUAUUUGAUCAAUGGAAAGGACUAGAUUAUGCCGCUCAAUACCUGUACGUGCGACUAUUUCUGAGGAAAACGGCGUUGUGGCACCGGGUUUCCCGCUUGCGCUACCGCGACGACAUCCCGGAUAUCGAGGCCGCCGUAGACGAGCUCCAGAAAACUCGGGAUCUGCCCUCGAGCCCUCCCAGCUCCCCGUCCGGCGUAGACUCGGCGGGGUUAGAGUUGGAAGGAACCCCUCCGGCUCAAGAACAGUGCGUGUUCGACGACCGUUUCGCGUUUGCAGAUGUCUCGGAACACUUUAUCAACAGCGUAGAAGAAGCUGUCGCGCUCCUCAGCCUGGACGAGAUCAGGGCGCUGGCGAAAGAAGCUAAAGUCCAGGGGAAGAAUAAGGCCGAGCUGGCCAGAUCCAUCUGCAGGAUGAGCAGCCAGCAGACCGGCCUUUUCUCGUUGGGUCUUCGCCGGUCGGGCACUGUCAGGUCUGCUGACUCGCCGGCGCGAGAUACGCCGGAAUUAGACUCGCCGGGCGCCGGUUCCCGUGACGAUCUAAAUAGGAGACGGCAUUUCCUCGAGAAGAUAGUAGCUAUAGCGGGGCCUUGCGUGAGGCUGUCCCUGCCGGUUUUCAAGCUGUUCGAGAGAGUUCAUCUCGUCUUCUACAGGUCGACCGAAUGGACGGAGAAGUCACUGACUACGAUCAUCCUCGCCAAGAUAUCAAAACGCAAUUUCCCAGACUAUGUCGUUGCCAGAUCGGCUAACAUCUUUGCCUCGAGGGCCCAGUUGCUCGAAUUCGAAGCGGCUAUCAGGGCCGAAUACGCCGUCGACAACAUCCUCGAGUUCAACGGGCCCGUUACGGAGGAAGGGCACCGGAAGGUCAUGGAGAUAUUCGAGCAGAUUUACCCGCGGUGGAAAGUCUUGCUGUGCGAGGAGCAAGAGAAAGAAGAGAGGGUUUACGAACCCGGGGAGGGCGCCUAUCUGAGGCGGUUCAACGCAGCCCAUCCGUACACCAGGAUCGUCCACAAGGCCGCCCAGGUCCUCGGCAAGCUCAAAGAGCACGGGCGGGAACACGAGCUGCUGACCGAGAUGCUCGGCCAGCGCCUCUUCCACCCGGGUCGCCGGGGGUCGUGGUACCAGCGGAAGGCCCUCCUCGAGGAGCGGUACAUGCACGCCCUCUCGCCCGCCCCAGCCUGCGGGGGCUCGGAGGCGCAGAAGAAGCACUGGCGGCGGAUCGCCGCGGCGACGUGCGAGGCCGCGCUCGAGGACCGGGACUGCCACCUGGUCUACCACCACGACCUGCAGAAGCGGCUCGUGAAGCUCGAGCGGCAGCUGAAGGUGCCGAGGCGCCUGCAGCACGACUUCGGCCACGUGCGGCUGCGCGCGCCGGAGGCGCACGUGGUCGAGGGCGUGCAGCUGAAGCGGAGGGAGAAGGCGGGGGCGAGGGACGAGCUCACGGGGAGGAAGCGGCGCGAGUGGGGGCCGAGCACGCGGACGGUGUGGGUGGACGAGUCAGCGGCGGAGGGCGGCGCAGCCGGCGGAGCCGAGUGCGGCGUCGAGGCCAUGUGCCUCAACUGGUACCGGGCGCGCGGGUGGAAGGGCUACCACGCCGAGGGCGGCAUCGUGCGGACGCUGUUCGCGCUGCUCUUCUACGACGUCCUGUUCCUCUACGUGCCCAACGUGUUCCAGACGCCGUACCAGACGUGCCCGCUGGACCUGCGCACGGACGCGUUCGCGGCCGCGCGCGCGUCCGAGAUCAACCACCGGCUCGCGGCGAUCGCGAACGGCGGCGGCGGCGGCGGCGAUAGCAGCGACGGCGCAAGCGAGGCGGCGCGCCUCGUGGCCGCGGCGGACGCGCGCGAGCGGCCCCGCCGCACGUGCGUCGCCGGGCUCGACUGGGACGCGUACGGCCGCGACGAGCUGGUCGAGCUCGCGGCGUGCUUCGCCGGCGGCGCGCUCGCCGCCGUCUGCCGCGUGCUGGCCCAGGAGCACGGCGGCGGCGGCGGCGGGGGGGGGACCGGCGGCAUGCCGGACCUCCUGCUGUGGCGCACGGAGCCCCGCCGCGAGGUCCUCUUCGCCGAGGUCAAGAGCGCCGGCGACCGCCUCAGCGACGCCCAGCGCCUCUGGAUCGACGUGCUGGCCGGCGCCGGCGUCCGCGUCGCGGUGUGCAGGGCGGUGGCGCGCGAGGUGCGGGAGGUGUGA